UUCUGAGAUGCUGAUCGGGUUGCGGUAGGUUUGGAAGUCCUAUGAAUCAUCGCUCUUCAUCCCCUGACAUGUCCCGGCAUUCCCCGGCAUUCCCCGGCACACCUGCUGGCGUUCUGCAGAUACUUGUCAGAACUUCCCCUGCCGUGUCGAGGAGGUGAGAGGAUUCGUGUCAUUUUCAUGUGAAGCGUUGAGCAGACCAGACAGAGCCGGACCAGCCUUCAGGCCGCACGCCGUGUCCUCUGCUCGUGGUCGGAGGUCAGACGCGGUUCCUCCAGCCCGGGACUCAUCAGCCAGUCUGAAGGCACCAUGAAGAGGCCCUGUCUACAGACGGGAUGAGUCGGGGUCAUGUCUCCCUCCCUGUCCUAAUCGCCCCCUUUGUUCUCCCCUCUUCUCUCUCACCCCUCCCCCACCUCCACCUUGUGAUCCGAGACCCACAAGAAUGAGCUGGCUCAGUAAACUCAACCCCCGAGGCGCUGGCGCCAAGCCCGGCCGUAGUGCCAGCCUCCAACCCCUGGUGACCGCUGACCCAGAGACUUGCCUGAUGGUCUUCAAGAAUCACUGGUCUCAGGUUCUGAGGAUUCUGGAGCGCCGGGCGUCCUCAGCGGAUGUGACGACAGAUGAUAUGAGCUGCGUGCGGAACAACACCUACCAGAUGCUGAGCCUUUUAGCGGAGGAGCGACCGCGAGACGGGGAGGGACCGGGACCCAUCCUGACCUACGUGGCAUCUGAGGGCAUUCUGGAGAAGCUCCUCCACUGGCACUUACACAGGGACUUCACUGAGGAGAAAAAGGUGGAACAGUUGAAGCUGUUUGAGAUGCUGAUCAGCCAAUCCCACCAACCGCUCCUCCGCUACCAGCCUGUCCUGCGGCCCCUGGUCACCCUCCUCGGCACUUUCUCUCCCGGGCCCGCCUCGCCCGUACUGGAAAACAACUUGGUGCUGCUGCUGAACCAACUCUGCGUCUCCCUGGCCCGGGAGCCCUCUACCCUGGAGCUUUUCUUCCAAGAUUCCACCGGGCAAGACGGUCCAGCCAACCUCCUGAUCUUCUCCCUUCUGGUCCCCUUCAUCCACCACGAGGGGGUCAUUGGUCAGCAGGCGCGGGAUGCUCUGCUUCUCAUCAUGGCCAUGUCUUCUGAUAACCCCACCAUGGCCCGAUACAUCACCGAGAACUCUUUCUUCUGCCCCAUCCUGGCAACAGGGCUGAGCGCUCUCUACUCAUCUCUUCCACGUAAAAUUGAGGUGCGUGGCGAUGACUGGCACUUCCUGCGGAGAGAAGACUGGAUCGGGGUGUCCUCUUUGGUCCUUUUCAUGAAUUCUCUGGAGUUCUGUAAUGCCGUCACUCAGGUGGCUCAUCCGUUUGUCCAGAACCAGCUUGUGGAAUACAUACAUAACGGGUUCCUGGUUCCGGUCAUGGGCCCAGCGUUGCACAAGACCUCCAUUGAGGAGAUGAUCGCCAGUACUGCAUACCUGGAGCUCUUCCUGCGCCACAUCAGCGAGACCGCACUGCUGAAAACGUUCCUGCGAUUUAUCCUCCUCCAUCGGCACGACAACACCACCAUCCUGAACACGCUCAUCAGCCGCAUUGCCAGUAAUUCCCGGUUGUGUAUGGUGUCGCUGACCCUGUUCCAGACGCUGCUCAAUCUGACCUGUGAGGACGUCUUACUGCAGCUGGUGCUCAGGUAUCUGAUCCCGUGUAAUCAUGUCAUGCUGAGUCAGAGAAGAGCCGUAAAGGACUUAGAUCUUUAUUCCAAGACUGCCGAUAAAUUCCUCUCCCUCGUCCCGCUAUGUUGCCGCAAAGAACGCCUGGGCUGUGCAGAGAGAGAGGAGGAGCAUGCCACCUGGUCCAAAGCCCAUGGGAGCCCGAGCAUUGAUACAUCGUCUGUCAACACUGUGCCAAAGCCCUCCACCCCGUCACGGAUGGGCUUCUUCAUGCGUCAGACCCCCGAGAGCCCCUCCAAGAGGUCCUCCAGCUUCUCCUCCCCGGCGGAGUCCACCUUCGGAAGUCCUCGCCAUGGCCCGUUGUCUUGGGACGAAGUGGCCGAGUUGGAUUCGAACUAUUUAGAGUAUCUCCAAGAAGCCCGGGCCGGGAUAGAGCGAUGUACCCGGGCCUGUCGGGUCUGGUCGGCUCCCUAUGACGGGGAGGAACCCAGCCCCCGCAGCCUCUCCCCAUCUACUCCAGAAGAAGUCACAGUGUCACCGGACUACUUCUCCACACCCGCCCCUUCCUCCAGAACCCAAGAGAGCAAAGAGCGGGAGGGGCGGAGGCACAACGUCACCCCGAGGACUAAGAAAAGAAGCCUGCAGGAGGAGGAAGGGCAGGGGGCGGGAGGUCAGGGAGGGGGGGUAGAGGGAGGAGUCACGGAAACAUCUCAUGAUGGUAAUGCAGGCCCCGCCCUCAUGAAUGGCUCCAUGGCAGAGGAACAGGGGUAUGUGGGGGGCGCACAGCGGGGGGCCGGGCGCACCGAAGACGUGGAAGUGAAGAAAGUGAAACGUGAACCGGUGGAGGAGGGGGGCGAGGAACUGGUGAUGGGUACGGAGAACGGAGCGGAGGAGAGGGGGGGUCCUCACAGAGAUCCGCAGCACUGGGCGUCCUCUAAGUGGGAGACGGCAGAGUCUGUAGACAGCCUGAUAGACGAACUCUUAGACCGCGCGCCGGCCGAGACCAACGGGACCCAUCUGAGCAUUGAAAAGCUGGGGGAGGAGCUGAAGGAGAUGGAGGACAGCAUGAGGGGCGUGGCUGUGCAAGAAGAGCCGACGGAGAGGCAUAUGAGGAUCCCGUCUGAGGAGGAAGAGGAUGGAGAGAUCGAGAACGCCAAGAGCCGAUCGGAUUCCCUGACCCUCCUCCUGAGCAGUCCUCUGAGAGCGCAGACCAGCAUUCAGCCUUAUACCGGACCCUUCAUCUCCGUCCUCUUCGCCAAGUUGGAGAACAUGAUCACCAACUCCCUGUACGUGAAUUUCCUGCUGACCGGAAUCGUCACUCAGCUGGCCUGUCACCCGCAGCCCCUCCUCCGCUCCUUCCUGCUGAAUACCAACAUGGUGUUCCAGCCCAGCGUCAAGUCCCUGGUGCAGGUCCUCGGCUCGGUGAAGAAUAAGAUCGAAGCCUUUGCCGCCUCUCAGGAGGACUUCCCCACACUACUCUUCAAAGCCAAGAAGUUUCUGAUCGCCCGAGGAAAACUGGACUGGAGCGAGGGGCCCAACUCUGUCCCCGCCCUACGCCGCUCUGACACUAUGGUAAAAAGCCGCAAGCCGUCCAUCGGGGAGCUGAUCUUGCGUCACACUAACAGCCCAACUCGAGCGAGGCAAGCCGCGCAAAUGGCCUUCCAGCAUGUGCGGGACGGGCAGGUCCUACACGCACUGUCCGGGACGUCCAUCUUCAAGACGUCGGCGGAUAAGCAGAACGAGGCGCUGCGAGUCAAGAACGCCGUGUACUGCGCUGUAAUAUUCACCGAGUUCAUGAAGGAACUGGCGGCCAUAACGCAGGAGCACGCCGUCACCUCACCUUACCUUCCAGCAGACACAGAGGAGUGAACGAGCCUUUCCGAUAAAACAUGAAUUCUGGCACACUCCAGGCAGUGCAUUGACCUGCAGUUGGCGGGUGCUGCAGUCAUGAAACAACGGAUGGCGCCAUUGUAAGAAGAAUUGCGUGGCAUGGGCUCAGCUAAACCACUCAACGUGGGCUUUUGUUACAUAAAAGACGGCAAUGUUUCAGAGCUGUAGAACAAUCACCUUCAUCAGGCAACAGUCCUAAAAUAGCAUGCAAAGACCAAUCCCGAGCUGUCCAAAGGUAGCCCCGCCUUUCACCCAAAGACAACAAACAUUGGCUCCCUUUGACCUCAAUCGUCGCCUCCACUGGUGAAGGUUCCUUUUGAGUCGGUUGCUUCAGCAAUGCUCCAUAACUGCUGCUCCGUGGCCAUUAUUUCUAAAUAUUUGGAGCUACGUCAUCACCCUUGUGCCCACACCAUCGACAUAUUCUUUUAUUUGUAGGCAUACAUGUUCAUUGCUAGAUCGCAAAAAACUUUAUUGGCAUCAGACAAACUUCUUGCCCCACCAGACCAGAUUUCCCCCCGAUAAUAAGCUCUUUGCCGUAGAGUUUAUCUGUAUUGAGGCCUCUUGUUCUCCACCAGACACGAUUCCUCCCGAUAAGCUCUUUGCCGUAGAGUUUAUCUCUAUUGAGGCCUCUUGUUCUCCACCAGACAAGAUUCCCCCCCGAUAAGCUCUUUGCCGUAGAGUUUAUCUCUAUUGAGGAGUCUUGUUCUCCACCAGACACGAUUCCCCCCCAAUAAGCUCUUUGCCAUAGAGUUUCUCUAUUGAGGCCUCUUGUUCUCCACCAGACAAGAUUCCGCCCGAUAAGCUCUUUGCCGUAGAGUUUCUCUAUUGAGGCAUCUUGUUCUCCACCAGACACGAUUCCGCCCCGAUAAGCUCUUUGCCGUAGAGUUUAUCUCUAUUGAGGCCUCUUGUUCUCCACCAGACAAGAUUAUGUCCCUUUUGCCUAAGUCAUUGGGUUAUUUUAUUUGUUUAUGGGUUUUGGUGGUUGCUUCAUUACUAAGCCAAUCGUUGUCUUGAGCGGGACUGCUUGUUUUUUUUUUGGGGGGGGGGGACAGGUUCGCAAUAAACUUUAUUGGCAUCAGUCGAACUCCAUUAGGGUUCUUCUGCCCCACCAGACACGAUUCCGCCCCGAUAAGCUCUUUGCCGUAGAUAGAGUUUAUCUGUAUUGAGGCAUCUUGUUCUCCACCAGACAAGAUUCCGCCCCGAUAAGCUCUUUGCCGUAGAGUUUCUCUCUAUUGAGGCCUCUUGUUCUCCACCAGACAAGAUUAUGUCCCUUUCGCCUAAAUCAUUGGGUUCUUUAAUUUGUUUAUGGGUUUUGGUGGUUGCUUCAUUACUAAGCCAAUCGUUGUCUUGAGCGGGACUGCUUUUUUUUUGGGGGGGGGGGGACAGGUUCGCAAUAAACUUUAUUGGCAUCAGUCGAACUCCAUUAGGGUUCUUCUGCCCCACCAGACACGAUUCCGCCCCGAUAAGCUCUUUGCCGUAGAGUUUCUCUCUAUUGAGGCGUCAUGUUCUCCACCAGACACGAUUCCGCCCCGAUUAAGCUCUUUGCCGAAGAGUCAUUGAGUUCUUUUAAUUUGAAUAUGGGUUUUGGUGGUUGCUUCAUAGCUAAGCCAAUUGUUUGUUGUCUUUUAAUGGGACUGCCUUUUUUUGGGGGGCGGGGACAGGUUCGCAAUAAACUUUAUUGGCCUCAGACGAAAUCUAUCAAGCAUCUUCUCCCCCACCAUACAAGAUUCCACCACUUUCACCUGAUAAGGGCUUAGUCAUUUGGUUAUUUUAUGUGUAUGUGGGCAUUGGUGGUUACUGUAUAGCUAAGCUGAUCGUCUGUUGCCUUGUAGACUGCCUUUUUUUGGGGGGAGGGGUUCAUCAUAAGCUUUAUUGGCAUCAGCCAAGCUCCAACAGGCAUUUACUCCAUCGCCAGACAUAAUUCCACCACUUUCACCUGAUAAGGGCUUAGUCUAGGGUUCUUUUACUUGGUGAUUGCUGUAAAGCGAAGCCAGUUGUUGGGUGGGACUACCUUUUUUUGGGGAGCGGGUUCACUCCGGGAUUGGUCUUCAUAUGACUGUUGUGUUGCCUGAUGAAGGAAUCCCCUUGCAGCUCCAAAAUGUUGCCAUCUUUUAUGAGCCAAAGCUCACGUUGGGUCUACGGCCACACCACCCCAAGUGCGCCCGAUCUCUUCUGAUUUCGGAAGCUAAGCAGGGUUGGACCUGGUUAGUAAUUGGAUGGGAAACAGAGCUCACGUUGGGUCUACAGCCACAAUACCCCAAGUGCGCCCAAUCUCUUCUAAUUUCGAAAGCUAGGCAGGGUCGGACCUGGUUAGUAAUUGGAUGGGAGAAAAGCUCACGUUGGGUCUACGGCCACACCACUCCCAAAUGCACCCAAUCUCUUCUGAUUUCGGAAGCUAAGCAGGGUCGGACCUGGUUAG